AUGGCUCGAACAAAAACAAUGGCUUACAAAAAUCCCAGGUCAUCACCACCAUCAUCAUUAUCGUCUUCACCAUCACCAUCUCCAUCUCCAGUCCGCUCACCAUCUCCUCCACCCAAACCAACACCUCCCCAUUCAUCAUCUGAAAAAACAUUUUCAGAUUACCUAUCCUCAUCCCCAGAACCAUGCCCUAAACCUCUCUCAACUAAGCUUCCUCCUUUAUAUCAAUGUCCCACCCCUUCAUUUAGUCAAUGCCCACCCCAUCUUCGAAACACUAUGAACCCUAGUUCUAGCUCCUCAUCCUCUCAACGAAGAUCAAUGCGCAUUCAAGCAGGAAUUGGAACUUCUAAAACCAAAAAGGUUGACCCCACCAUUUACACAAUUUCUGAUGAUUCUGAACCUUCACCACCUCAAAAUAAUCCCAAAUCACAAACUACUCAUGAAUCCCAACCCCCAAAACCAAAGUCCCCCCAAAUUUCUAAAUCCCCAGAAAUUCCAAAAACUAAUUCACCAUCCCCAAAAUCUUCUACUAAACAUCUUCCAACCAAAAUCAAACACACCAAAUCUCAACCCAGAAAACCUAAAUCCAAAUCUCCCUCCACACUUUCACAGUUUUUGGCCUCCCAAAAACUCAAAAUCCCUAAAAAAUCUCAGAAAACCACAUCUCAAGAUCGAUCUUCACCUCCACUCCAACCUCAAGAACGAUCUUCAAUUCCACCAGAACAAUCUUCAACUCCACUCCAACCACAAGAACGAUCUUCGAUUCCACCAGAAUGA